CUCCUUGCUGUGUCCUCUCAGUUUCCUGGUUCCUGCAGACAGCGGGGAGAAGACCACCCUGGCCAUCACAUCCCUACUUUCUAUCUUUGUGUUCAUGUCGUUCAUCUAUGAAACGUUGUCAAAGCUGUCAAACCAGCUAUCAUUGUUCGUGCUACUGACAUCUGCUCAAGUUUUAAUCAGUCUACUAACGGUGUGCUGCAACGUCAUCAUAUUGUUUCUACAGAAACUUACCUCUCACGAUAAAAUUCCCCAUGGCUUUGCAAAAUUGUCCAGCACAACAGACCAACAUCUACUCCGAGACAAGGAACAUUACGACAUGGGCGAUGGUUGCAGCAUUCUUGGGCAAAUUGUGUCUGGGGUUCUCAAUUGUUUGUGCUACAAUGAUCACACUCGUGUUCGGAGCGUUAAUGAUCUCUCAAUGAAAAUCCGCCAGUGUUAUUGUCGUUCCCCUCGGUUGAACGCUUUGGUGUCAGGAGGCAAUCUGAACUGUUGAUGGCUGAUGUUAUUCUUAUUGUGAAGCAUGGACAAUUGUAAUACUCUUGAUGUCCAUCAGUUUUAUGUAACUAGCUGUAAGGUUGAUUUACAUGGCUUACAGAACGUUGUCCUAUAAUAUAUUGUUACGUUUGAGAACAGUCCAAGAUGCUGCCAGAAAGGAGCUCAUUUGUUAUCGUAGCAUAUAGCAUUUUGAACAUACUGUUCUAUAAUUGUGCCUUCUUGAUGAUACU